AUUUUUACCCCGCCGAGGCUAUCGAGUCUAGGUCCCGCAAUUUUGGUACAUUGCCUUCAACGUAGGUGACACCAUAUUGGUCGUGGUGUAAUUGAUCCACUUCAAAGCCAUGGCCGCUCCGGCGGGCGCAACUGGCGAGCCCGAUAUGGUUCUUAUCGCCGAGCUCUUCGAGGAAAUCUCACGGAAUCCACCAGCAAUCGAAGCCAGGAAACUACUCAUCGAGCAAUACAUCGCAGUUGGAUGGCUCGAUGCCGCCAACGACAAUGUCAAGGAGUUGAAGCAGCUUUCUCCUCACGACGCCGAUGUCAAAACCUGGGUCAUUAUGCUUACGAAGAAGACGGCAAAAGCUCCCGUAGCUCCGAAGGCUCCUCAAGUUGUCAAGAUUGCCGCGCCCCCACCGGCCAAGUUACCAGCCAAUAUAGAACCCGCAAAGCAGGAUUUCUCGCAAAGUUACAAAAAGCUCCAAAGUCGAGCGAAAGGCCUGUUGGGAGAUCUCCUCCACAUCCGGGCACUACAACACCAAAACGGCAUUACACCGGCGCGUACCGAUGACUCUGCAGUCAAAGCCAUUGUCGAUGGCCGGCUCCGUACUGUUGCUGGAUCGAAGGGGCCCAGUAGCGCGCGGGCAGUAGCUCGGAAUAUGCAAGCAAAACCGGAUGAAGCAAUUGAGAUUGCCGUCAUCGAUCUUGAAGAUAUGAUACGAUGGCUUCGAGCGCCUCAUGGAAAACCCUCUGGGAUGGACAACGAUGCUAUCCGCGAGGCUCUCGUCAAGCGUGUACGCGCUCUGGCCGCCGCUCUGCCCGAGAACAUGCAGGAGCAUCCUGAAACGGCGCUCAUGCAUGCGGAGCACGAGAUUCUACAUACACGUACCUAUGUGAAUGAUGAAACGAUGUUAGGCGACCGGGUGGUGGAUAUUGAACGAGCCAACUUCUGGGUUACCGAAGACGGAUAUGCGUGGGAUAUGGACGAACUGGCCCAGGCUAUUACUGCUAAUGGAGGCAUCAUGCGGAACCCUCUGAGCAGGCAGAUGUUUACACCGAAGGAUAUCCGCGCUAUAGUACAGCACCCGGCCGGUCAGCGCUUGAAAGCAUUGGCGAUUGAGCAGCACGAGAUGUCGAAAGGCGUUCGACCUUCUACGAUCGAUCACCUCGACAAGCUGGGCAAGGUCCUUCUGGACGAUCAGAGCAGCGACCAACUACCGAGUCGGCAUGCGAUAGACGAGUUCAUGGCGUACUGCGCGACCCUGCCUGAGGCUGAACAAAAGGCGCUUAAUGGGCUUCGAUGUCCUGCCCGAGACAGCCACACCGGUCAGUCCUACGACUUCUCCAUUGGCGAGGCUGUGCUCGACGCGAAGGGUAAUCGGGUCUGCUUCCAUAAGACGGGCGACUUUAUCAAGCAAGCCGCUCAGCAUCUGCGCCAGAAUCGCGGAGCGCCUGCCACAGCAGCGGACGAGAAGUGUGCGGUGAUGUAAGGGUUUAGGAGUGCCUUUUGCCUUCGCGGAAUAGUGUAGGAUACCAUAGAUUCUGAUUGAUGUACGGGCAGGGACUAUUUACGGAUAAUGAACCUCGGCGAGUUUCUUGGACCUAUCAAGGCGGGCACAACCCUUCAAUGUCUUCGGCGCGACAGAUUAGCAUAUUUAUGUUAAACUCUUCUAAACUACUUGAUCUACAACUCUUAUAUACUCU